AUGGCACCAUUCAUACCAAACCUCGCAGAUCAUACUGACACCAUACGUGCACUCGUACGCAAAGAUAGCGAUUGGCAAUGGUCAGCAUCGCACCAGACAGCGUUUGACAAAGUGAAAUCCAUGAUCAGCACCGAAUGUACACUAACGUACUUUAACACUCGAAAACCAACAGUCAUUCAAGUUGACGCCUCGUUAAAAGGGCUCGGUGCAGCUCUUCUACAGGACAACAAACCUGUCGCAUUCGCGAGCAAGGCUCUCACCGACGCCGAGAAACGCUACGCGAACAUCGAACGAGAAUUGCUAGCUGUAGUGUUUGGUUGCACUCGUUUCCAUACUUACAUAUAUGGAUCAAAGUUCACCGUCGAGUCGGACCACAAACCGCUAGAGAACAUACAACACAAAAGCAUGGCUAACACUCCGCCAAGACUGCAGAGAAUGAUGUUACGCCUGCAACCGUACGACUACAACUACCGCCCUGGACGCGAAAUGGUACUCGCAGACGCACUAUCGAGGCUUGGCCCAACGCGCGGUCCACGGAUUGAUCUCGAUACGACCAUAUACGUCGUACAGUUCUCUACAGACAAGCUUGCAGAAAUGCAACGCCAGACACAAAGUGACAAAACACUACGCCUCCUCAGUGAAACUAUCGUCACUGGGUGGCCGGAUGACCCAAAACAACUACCCAAGUGCAUCCGCCACUACUGGUCCAACCGCGAUGAACUAUCGGUUGAUAACGGUCUCGUCAUCAAGGGCGAACGAAUCGUCAUCCCUGAGACAAUGCAAAGCGAAGCAUUGCAAAAGAUUCACGCGGGACACCAAGGCAUCAACAAAUGUCAGCUCAGGGCCAAAACAUGCAUCUUCUGGCCUGGCAUCAAUAAAGACAUUGAACAAUUGGUAAGCGCAUGCAGCACAUGCCAACGACAUCAAAAAAGCCAACCAGCGGAACCACUUAUUCCUCACGACAUUCCACAGCGACCGUGGCAAACCGUAGGGACAGACAUGUUCCACUACAACAACGCAGAAUACUUGAUUAUAGCGGACUACUACUCAAAGUACCCAUUUAUCAGGAAAGUCAGUGGACGGUGCACAAGUGCCACAGUCAUACGCCUCACAAAACAGAUUUUCAGUGAACUAGGUAUCCCCACGAAAGUAAUCAGCGACAAUGGCCCACACUACGACAGCCACGAAUAUCGCAAAUUCGCUCGUGACUGGGGAUUUGACCACGUGACAUCAAGCCCCAGAUAUCCGCAAAGCAAUGGUUUUAUUGAAAGAGCCAUCCAAACUGUCAAAGCUACAUUGACAAAAGCCCAACAGUCCGACAUGGACAUAGAUCUCGCUCUACUUUGCCUACGCACUACUCCGUUGGACAAUGUUAUUCCCUCACCAGCGGAACUACUAUAUGGACGCAAACUAAGGAGCAACCUUCCUAUCAAAAUUCGCAACACGGUACCCCAAAAGGACGCAAUCCAUCAACGCCUCGUCGCUCGUCAGACUAGUCAGAAAGAUAACCAUGACAGGUAUGGUGUACGUGCCCUACCCCCUCUCAGUGUAGGCCAGCAUGUUAGCGUACAAGAUCAACAGUCUGGCAAUUGGUUACCUGCUGUCGUGAAAGACAAAUGUCCAGAGCCCCGAUCGUACAUGAUCGAAACACCAAUCGGACAUUCACUACGACGUAACAGGAGACAAUGGGAGACUUUCCACUGCUAG